CUUUUUCAGCUAUAGUCAUAGAGAAAGGACACUCGCUAUAUCUCUUUCAAGAUGAUUGACAUUCAAAAUUAUCCGUUACAUUCGCGAUUCGUAGCUCCCGCAAUAUCUAUAUCGAUAUCGAAUCGCACGAAUCUACGUUUACGAACAUGGCACCCGCUACCCAGUCCGACUAUUAUUCCUUUCCCACCCUGGUAAGCCGACAAUCGUCAGAGGCUCCUACUUGUGCGCGAUACUGCAUCAUCUCGGGGAACACGACCGAAUGUCCGGGCGGUGCUCAGGAUCUCGUGUGUCUCUGUCAGAGUCAAGUCUUCUUGUCCAGCGUUACAGACUGUGUGACCGCGACAUGUGAGGGGGACACGUUACAACAAGCAGUAGACUAUGCUGCGUAUACCUGUUCGCUCUACGGUAUCGAUAUUCCGGCCACCACGAUCGGCUCGCCAGCGGCGACGACAUCCAUAGCGGCACCGGUGAAUACCGCUCCUAUCGCACCAAUUAUCGAUAAGACCCAGGUCACUUCCAAGAUCGACAUCAUCAUGGGCAGCGUAUGUGCGGUGUUCCUUGCGAUCGCUUUCGCUGUUGGGUUUUACGGUUGUUUCAAGCGGAACAAGAUCAACAAGGAGGAAGCUAGUCGCACCAACUGGACGCAGACAGGAUCCGUCACCUCCCCAACCUUCAACCCGGCCAAGUCUUACAACGCUUUCGACAUCCCGGCCAACUUUGAUCCUACCCGUUCGUUUGGCGGUACGGCGGCCCACCAGACUCAAUCCGUCGGACGGGUCGCCAUCCCCGGUCUUGGGAUGCGGGACCUCACCCAUCUAGACCCUCGGGACGUGAGGAUGCCCAACGAACCCCCUAGGUCGGCUUUCGGUCGGUCGGUCAAUUUCGCCGAUAAGGACGCGGAUUUGUUUAGGGACGACGACGAUGCCGACGAGGACAUGGUCGACGGGGCCGAUCGAUCGAGGACGCAUUUGCCGCGUUUGAGCAACCGGGACGCUCUACUGGAAGACGACGACGAGAUUACCGGGCUGGAUUCCGAUCGAGUGCGGCCCUCGACGUUUGUCAGCAACCGGCUUCAACCUGCCGAGAGCUUGCAUACGCUGGGCGAGUCGGAAAAGGACGAUCAGAGCCCGACUUAUUCCGACACCCGGUUCGUCGUCAAUACGCUCGAAAAGGGGGACGGGCGACGGGUGUCUGUCUCGACGACGGGGUCGGACGAAAAGCAAGAGGCAGAUAUUUGGGGUCGGGCCAAGUAAAUAUGCCUGCUCAGGGCGAUACUUAGCAGACCUUGUGCUUGUGCUUUUGGGGUAUAUCACAUCAAUCAGAAACAUAUCACCGAGACUUUCUGCAUGACGACUAUCAUCAGACGACUCCUCGAGCAGCAGGAGUCAUGAUCUCCCUAGCCUUGCCGUUGGCCGGCGUCGUAU